AUGGAAGAACCCGAGAAAAGUGUUGCAACCCAUGGAGUCAGAUGUAUUUCCAAGAUCAAGAUAUUUCUGUUGGCGUUAACAUGUGCAUAUCUAGCCAAAGGACUAUCAGGAGCUUAUAUGAAUUCUAUGCUCACACAAAUAGAGAGACAGUUCAGUCUCCCCACAUCAAUAGUUGGAGUAAUCAGUGGGAGCUUUGAGAUGGGAAACCUUUUGUUGGUCAUAUUCGUGAGUUAUUUUGGAACAAAAAUGCACAGACCUAUCAUUAUUGGUGUUGGAUGUGCACUUAUGGGACUAGGGUGUUUCUUAAUGUCACUACCUCACUUCCUCAUGGGCCGAUAUGAAUACGAAACAACGAUUUCACCUGCAAGCAACUUGUCCUCAAACAGCUUCCUGUGUAUGGAAAACAGAACCCAGAACUUAAAGCCAACACAGGACAAAACAGAGUGUGUGAAAGAAAUGAAAACAUUAAUGUGGAUAUGUGUAAUGGUGGGCAAUGUUAUACGUGGAAUUGGUGAAGCUCCCAUCAUGCCUUUGGGCAUUUCCUACAUAGAAGAUUUUGCUAAAUCAGAAAAUUCUCCCUUAUACAUUGGGAUUAUGGAAACAGGAAAAAUCAUUGGCCCAUUAACUGGACUUUUGUUGGGAUCCUUCUGUGCAAGGAUUUAUGUAGACACUGGGUCUGUGAAUACAGAUGACCUGACCAUCACUCCCACUGAUACACGCUGGGUUGGAGCUUGGUGGAUUGGUUUUCUGAUCUGUGCAGGAGUGAAUAUCCUGACCAGCAUCCCGUUUUUCUUUUUGCCAAAAACACUCCCAAAGGAAGGAAGAGAGAAAAAUUCAGAUGAAACUAUAAACAACAAAGUUGAGAAAUACAGAGAAAAAUCAAAAGAGGAAAAACGUGGAAUUUCUAAAGAUUUCUUGCCGUUCCUGAAGAUCUUGCUGUGCAAUCCAGUUUACAUGCUUUUCAUCUUAUUAAGUGUCAUUCAGAUUAAUGAAUUUGUCAUUUCAUUUACAUUCUUGCCUAAAUACAUGGAACAGCAGUUUGGAAAAUCAACUGCAGAGGUAGUCUUUCUCAUAGGUCUUCAUAACUUAACUCCAGUAUGCAUUGGAUACUUAGUUGGUGGCUUUAUUAUGAAGAAAUUCAAGAUUACUGUCAAGAAAGCUGCAUACUUAGCUUUCUGCUUAUGGUUGUUUCAGUACUUUCUAUUUUUCUGUAACUUUGUGAUGACCUGUGAUAAUUUCGCAGUUGCUGGCAUAUCUACAUCUUAUGAGGGAGUUCAGCAGCCUCUUGAUGUGGAGAAUAUGGUCCUCGCUGACUGUAACACAAGGUGUAGCUGCUUAACAAAAACAUGGGAUCCAGUGUGUGGAGACAAUGGCCUAGCAUACAUGUCUGCCUGUCUUGCAGGCUGUGAGAAGUCUGUUGGAACGGGAAUCAACAUGGUGUUUCACAAUUGCAGCUGCAUUCGCUCAUCUGGAAACUCAUCUGCAGUCCUUGGGCUGUGUGACAAGGGCCGUGAGUGUGAUAGCAUGCUGCAGUACUUUUUAAUCAUGUCAGUAAUUGAAAGUUUCAUCUUCUCACUUUCAGCUAUACCUGGGUACAUGGUUCUUCUGAGAUGUAUCAAGUCUGAAGAGAAGUCACUUGGUGUUGGAUUACAUAUAUUUUGCACAAGAUUAUUUGCUGGGAUUCUGGCCCCUAUUUACUUUGGCCCUUUGAUAGACAGAACAUGUGUACAUUGGGGAACUCUGAAAUGUGGUGAGCCAGGGGCAUGCAGGAUGUAUGAUAUAAAUAGCUUCAGGCGCAUUUUCCUUGGGAUUCCUGCAGCACUAAGAGGAUUAAAUAUUCUCCCUGCAUUCUUCAUUCUAUUACUUAUGAGGAAGCUUCAACUCCCUGGGGAAAUCGACUCUUCAGAAACCGAAGCUGCGGAGAUGAGGCUCACAGAGAAGGAAAGUGAGCAUGUGGAAUUGCACAGAAGUCCUGAUCUUGACAAUGAGGAAGAACUAAAAAGGAUGCUCUAGUGGGUUUGGUGUUGCCCUGUGAAGCCCACGAACAACAUGCCCAUUUCACUUGCUUUGUGCCAUGAGAAGUACUGUAGGAAAUAUCUUUUAUUCUUAAAGAUCUCAAAACAUAUUUUUACUCAUGAUAAAAAUAUUUGCUGAUAGAAUUUUCAGAACGUUCAUGUAGCGCUUACGAUUUUCAUGGAGACAGCUGCUUCAGCAAUCCAUACACUAA